GGUAAAGCUACAAAUAAAAAUAAUCAUUUUUUUAAAGAAAAAACUUUGUCGAUUUUAGUUUGUUCAAGUGUACAAACGCGAAGGAAAAUAAAAACGCGAAGUUGAAACCAGAGGUCAGUGAUGUUGAAUUUGUGAACUGAAACCACUGUUUUAUAAUUUUUUUCCCCCGCGAUUUUCUCGGAAGACAAACAGAGCAGUUAGGCGUCACAAAGUCAACAAGUCGCCGAACCUAACAUAAACCAAAAGCUUUCGCCUUUUAACCUACAAAACUCUCUCUACAAUCUUUACAUCUUAUAUACCUAAACACAAAGUCUUCGUAUAUUAUACCAUCUCUUCUCUCACCCAAAUCCAUGUAAACCAAACCACCCACCAAAACAGAGAAGAGGCAUCCAUCACUGGAGAGAUUUUCCCGGAAAAUGAGCAAGAAAAUGACGACCCAGUUCGUGUUUUCUUCGGUUUUACUCGUAGGGGCGGCAAUCUUGUUAUGUUGUGUCAAGGCUGACUCAACGAUCAAAGGAGACAAACAUGCACUUAUAGAGUUUCUUGGCAGCAUGGUCCACCACUCACAUUCACUUAACUGGAGAGCAAGCUUACCUAUAUGCACUGGAUGGCUCGGGGUAACGUGCAACCACGACCAUUCAGGAGUUGUUGCUCUGCGUUUGCCCUCGUCGGGACUUCGUGGAUCGGUCCCUGCAAACACGAUAGCACGAUUAAAGCAGCUUCGGAUCCUAAAUCUCGGUUCAAACAACAUAUCGGGAAACUUCCCUUCGGAUUUGUACGCCUUGAAGAACUUGACUGAGCUUCACCUCGAGUCCAACAAGUUCUCGGGUCCUUUGCCUUCUGACUUCUCCGCCUGGGAAACCCUUUCAGUUCUUGAUCUCACCAACAACAGCUUUAAUGGUAGCAUUCCAGCGUCAAUUGGGAAGCUAACCAGACUGGAAUCUCUGAAUCUUGGCCAUAAUGAGUUAUCGGGUGAGAUUCCCGAUCUCGGGAUUCUGGGUCUGAAGAAUCUGGAACUAGCUUACAACAAUCUAACAGGAACUAUUCCAGAGUCAUUGCAGAGGUUCCCACGUUCCACGUUCACAGGGAACAACGUUUCUUUGGGAAAUGCAGUUCCUCUUCCUGCUUCUGCAAGAUCAUUACCAAGAAAACACACGAAACACAACCAUGCAGUUCUCAGUGUCACACUGAGUGUGUGUUUUGUGCUCCUUGCAUUGCUUGCCAUUCUAUUGGUCAUUUUCAACAAGAAAGAGAUAAACAAGAGAUUAGAUUCAACGUCAGGGAAGGACAAAGCUGCCAAGAGGAGGAAGGAUUCCGAUACAAACCUGAGCGGGGAAGGUAACAAGAUGGUGUUCUUCGAAGGAAGGCAUCUAGCGUUUGACUUGGAAGACUUGCUCAGAGCUUCUGCAGAAGUUUUAGGAAAGGACCCUCUCGGCACAAUAUAUAAAGUCGAUCUCGAGGACUCUGUGACCAUCGUGGUGAAAAGGAUCAAGGAAAUCUACGUGACUCAACGGGAUUUCGAGCAGCAAAUGGAGAUAAUUGGCCACAUCAAACAUGAAAAUGUGGCCACCCUAAGAGGAUAUUUCUACUCAAAGGAUGAGAAGCUUGUAGUGUAUGAUUACCAUGAACAAGGAAGUCUUUCCACGAUGCUACAUGGUUGGAGAGGUCUUGAGAGCCGCAAACCUCUAGACUGGGAAGCCAGACUGAAGAUUGUGUUUGGAGCGGCAAGAGGCAUUGCUCAUAUCCACUCACAGAGUGGAGGCAAGCUAGUUCAUGGCAACAUAAAAUCCUCAAACAUUUUUGUCAACCCCAGAGGAUACGGCUGCAUCUAUGGAGCAGGACUGGCCACACUGAUGCAUCCACUACCCCGGCACGCAUUUGGCUACCGUGCGCCAGAAUUAACAGACACGAGAAAGGCAACCCAAUCAUCCGAUGUCUAUAGCUUUGGUGUCUUGAUAUUUGAGAUACUAACAGGAAAACCCGAGGUUGCUGACUUGGUGAGGUGGGUGAAUUCGGUGGUUAGAGAGGAAUGGACUGGAGAGGUGUUUGAUGAGGAGCUUUUGAGGUGUACCCAAGUCGAGGAGGAAAUGGUGGAGAUGCUGCAGGUUGGGAUGGCUUGCACAGCCAGGUUGCCAGAGAAGAGGCCAAACAUGGCCGAGGUAGUGAGUAUGGUCGAUGAAAUAAGGCCCGAAAACUUAGCCAGUGGCUACAGGUCAGAGGUUUCCUCAGGUUCAGCACUCUAUUCGACCAGACAUUACAUUGCACACGUCUUUGUUAAGACAGUACGUACCAUAUUCCUCCACUACACGUAA